CAUGCUUGAGGAGGCGCUCUCCUCUAUUAUUUAAGGAUGUCGCGAUGCGCAAUGUAAAAGAGGUUGCCGCGUACCUGUCUGAGGUAUAAAUAAGGUGCUGUUUGGUUUGGUUCAUAUUUCUCCGAAAUGUGAGGCUCUUUAUUUUUUCAAGACGGGCGUGAGACCGGUUGCGCGAGCGGGACGGGUGCCGGUGGAAAGCUCGCGAGGAUCGCGGCGACAGCGGGCAUCCAGAUACAGCACAGUCCUCCGUCGGCGCGGGCACAGACCGACGUAUCGCUCCGACGCACGCAUCCGCCAGGCACCUCCGUAAGUCAAAAACUUUACGUGCCACGGUCAUUUUGUUUGUGUUGCCCGGUUGCCCGUGUUCGAGGACUAACAUAUUUAACUACAGCGUCUAUUUUAGGCUGUCUUCCCAUAUACUUACUUUUCAAGUGCCGGCAGGAUUGUGACGAUUUAACAACUUGUGUGAAAACCAUCUCCGUCGAGUUUCAAGUCUGUUGCAUCUUUAAAUAACGGUGGCGAUAAAAAUGACCGAGCAAUUUGCAAAAAUAGUCUGCCAGGCGAUGCCCAUAUUAACGACAUGAACCUUACAAUUCCAGUUUUUGGCUACGUAACCUAACAAAGAAUCUUACUCUUGAUAUAUCUAAGACAACAUCAUGAACUUAAAUAUCAUCCCUCUUCUCUUAACCUGGAAUUUUAUUUUUAUAUCAGCGACCAGAGAUUCUUUCGAAGACGAGGAAACGGCUAGAGCGCGAGAAAUACGCAAUAGAGAGAACAACCGCAACAGAACCACGUUUAAUGGAACCCUCACGGAUCUGCCCGAAAGGCGAAACUUGAGGCAUAGAAACAGUUCAAAAUUCCGAGGCCACAGGCGCAGGGCCUGGGACCGCGAGUAUGAUGUUAGGAGAGACAGAAGGAAAGGGCCAGAUGCGCAUUCCUCUGACGAGGCAGCAUCUAACAAAACCACCGACCUUUUUCAGAAAAAAGAGGAAAAACCGCGUAAAGCCGACAAGCAACUGAAUAAAAAUAAUAAUAUGGACAAAUCUUUUGGAUCAAAGAAGCCUCUUAGCCAAAAUAAAAUGCAAGAAAGGAAUCAUCAAGUACCGCUUAAAGACAACAGCACUCGAGCCAAGGGGAGGGUGAGCAACAAGUGGCAGAGCGGCGGGUACAUUCCGUUCCCGCAGCCGCGGGAGCGCAAGCCCAACAUUAUCAUGGUGCUGACGGACGACCAGGACGUGGAGCUGGGCAGUCUAAACUUCAUGCCGCGGACCAUGAAGGCCAUCAGGAGCGCGGGCGCCGAGUUUCGUCAUGCUUACACCACUACGCCUAUGUGCUGCCCCUCCAGGAGCUCGCUGCUGACCGGCGUGUACGUGCACAACCACAACGUGUACACCAACAACGACAACUGCUCGUCGCCCAUGUGGCAGGCCAAGCACGAGACCAAGACCUUCGCCACCUACCUCUCCAACGCGGGCUAUCGCACGGGCUACUUCGGCAAGUACCUGAACAAGUACAACGGGUCGUAUAUCCCGCCCGGCUGGCGCGAGUGGGGCGGCCUCAUCAUGAACUCCAAGUACUACAACUACAGCAUCAACAUGAACGGCAAAAGGAUCAAACAUGGGGAUGACUACCAAAAGGAUUACUACCCGGAUCUGAUCGCAAACGAUUCAAUAGCGUUCCUCCGCGCUUCGAAGCGACGUUUCGCGCGCAAGCCGGUUUUGCUCGUCAUGUCGUUCCCGGCGCCUCACGGGCCAGAGGACUCCGCGCCACAGUACUCGCAUCUCUUCUUCAAUGUGACCACUCAUCACACUCCAACUUACGACAUGGCCCCGAACCCAGACAAGCAGUGGAUCCUGCGCGUGACGGACAAGAUGAAGCCGAUUCACCGACAGUUCACCGACCUGCUCAUGACCAAGCGGCUGCAGACGCUGCAGAGCGUGGACAUGGCCGUUGAACGGGUUUAUCAAGAGCUGAAAGCACUAGGCGAACUAGACAACACGUACUUAGUGUACACUUCGGACCACGGCUAUCACCUCGGGCAGUUCGGCCUGGUGAAAGGCAAGAGCUUCCCCUUCGAGUUCGACAUCCGCGUGCCCUUUCUCGUCAGGGGUCCUGGCGUCGAGCCUGGCACAGUUGUGGACGACAUCGUGCUGAACAUCGACCUCGCGCCGACGUUCCUGGAAAUGGGCGGCGUGGUGCCGCCCGCGCACAUGGACGGCCGCUCGCUACUGCCGCUGCUGCAGCCGCGGCGCCGCCGCCAACCAAGCGCGCACUGGCCGGACACCUUCCUUGUCGAGAGUUCGGGUCGUCGGGACAUGCAGCACUCGUCGAGCAAGUACAGCCGCGAGCUUAACCCAGACAGCCACACCGGCGCGCCCUCGGCCGAGAGCAGCGAUUUUGAUGACACUGCCGACGACGACUUCCUCGAGCCUAACGAGGACGAUGAUGAAGACGACGUGAGGACACAAACAGGGUGGAGAAACUCGACGGACCUUAAAAUCUUUCGAGACGUGGAUGCGGACCAUAAUGAGUCCAAAGCAUCGGUGGAACCAACAAUAUCCAACGAGAGUCAUAACCCAAUUCUGGAUGAAAGCUUGGAAAAACUUGAAUCAGACGAGGCCAGUUUGGAUACCCAAGAUAUUUUCUUUACAAACCCUGAUAAAAAGUCUAUUGUGCAAGGGACAGAAAAUGGGAUAGUGGGUGGAAAGGCGGGACGACUCGCCGACGACUGCUCGCAGGCGGAAGCUCGGCUGCCGUGCGCGCCGGGCCGCAAGUGGCGCUGCGUUCUCGUCGCCGGCCGCUGGCGGCGCCACAAGUGCAAGUACGAGGGCGAUAUUGGCGUGGCGCCCCCGAAGAUGAGUACCAAGAAAUGUGCGUGCUUCACGCCUAGCGGGUUAGUUUACACGAGGCUGGAGACGGAUGGCACCAUCGCGAGACGUCCAAUUGCAGCGGUCAAAGACAAUACCACGAGAAGCCGUAGAUCUAUCGAUAACGACGUCUUUGAGCCCAAUACUGUGGAUAGCAUUUUAAAGGAAAAUCCGAGUAUUGGACAUUUAAGUUCCAAAAAUGAACCUGUCAGUGAAAUCGAGAACAGGAACUUGACAGACACAAUUGAUAAGCUGAUAGAGGAGACAGAGGCCUUCCUAGAGGCUUAUGAACGUACCAAAGAUAAUAUAGGUAAGACGAGAAUAAAGCGACGGGCUCAGAAUUGGAACAAACAUAAACAACGCAAUGAUGCAAUCGUCAACAGUAACGAAUCAUCGUUAGAAUGUAAAAUUGAAAAAGACGGACAAGUGAACUGUUCUCAAGUUAUUUAUAAGGACUUGAAAGCAUGGCAUACUAAUAGAUUAAGUUUGGAAGAUCAAAUAAGGCAGCUGAAAACCAAACUAGAAGAUUUAAAGGAAAUCAAGAGACAUUUAAAGACAACUAAACCUGCCGUUAGUACAAAUAUACAUCAGACAAACCCCAUACACGCGUCUUCGUUUACAGAUCAGAUAUCGAUAAAAACUGAUAUGCCGACACAAAACAAUUCCAAAGAAUUUUUCAGAAAGGGAAGAUUGCAUCGCAUUAAAUCAAAACACAAAAACGGAACACAUUUCGAUAAAAAGUUCAGUCAGUCAAACGAGUAUGUCAUUCCUACUAUAAACGCUAAUACCAAAGAUUUUAUGUUUGACACACAAUUCAAGAAUGUUAGUCUAGCCGAGGUACCUUCGACUGGUCAGAAUAAUUCCACAAACGAAGAUAAUGUUACUAAAAAUACCCUUAUAUUAUUAGAUACUGAACUGCCGAAGUCCGAAGUUACUACUAUUACAAACGGAAACUACUUCGGUAGUACUGAUUCACCGCUAGUAGAAAAAGAAACACAUGGUUCCAAUACCACCGAUAUAUUAACAACAUCUACAGAACAAAGUGUUUCAGAAAUAACCCAAACAUUUGAGUAUGCUAGUCCAAAACAGGUAGCGCAUGUGGACCAGCACACCGAACAUUCUCCUGUAGAUUUUACGCAAGGUUUAUCCAACUUUAAUUCUGCUAUCGACGAAAUUUUAUCUUCUCAACUUCCGGGUGUAGUUAACGGAGAGGUAUCAUCAACGCCGGCUUCGUCGACAACCACAUUGGCCAGCGCGACUCCGCCCGCGACGAACUUGGGGCCGGCAAGGCUCGACGCUUCGGAAUAUGAACAACGGAACCCAAAUAGGGGUGUUUCAAGUAACACUGGAUUCUUUAGUAAGCCAAAAGACGAUUUUCAGAGGCGACUUCACCCUUUAUUCAUAGAAAAUGAAGAUAAACAUGUUUGUUACUGUGAGGAGAACAGGAAGAUGCGAGGUCUCGGGCAUAGCUAUUUGGAAGCAGUUCAUCGAGCUAGGGAAGAACGUAGAAAAUUAAAAGAACAAAGACUAAGGAAGAAGCUAAGAAAGGCUAAAAAGAAGGCAGAGUUGGAAAGAUUAUGCGAGUCUGAGAGAAUGAACUGCUUCCGGCACGACAACGAGCACUGGCGCACGGCGCCGCUUUGGACCGCCGGCCCCUUCUGCUUCUGCAUGAGCGCAUCCAACAACACCUACAACUGCGUCAGAACCAUAAACGCGACGCACAACCUGCUCUAUUGCGAGUUUGUCACCGGCCUAAUUACCUACUAUAAUCUCCGAAUUGAUCCCUUCGAAACUCAGAACAGAGUGAAAUAUUUGACUGCUAUGGAGAGAGAAUACUUCCACAAUCAACUACAACAGCUUCUCAGCUGCCGCGGGCCCUCAUGUCGCCGACACUCCUACUCAAAUCCGCAGGGCCUGACAGAAGACAGAAGGCGGUUCGAAGAUAAUCACAUGUUUCGAAGUGAUUCUGUCCCGUAUAAUGAAAGAGCGUGGCGCUGGAGUGGGUACGGACGGCGGUACGCAAGAGCGCGCGCACUGCAUCGGCGUCGACAUACGCUGCCCUAUUGACUGCUAUCCCACAAUUGCCGCUCAUAAACAAAAUCGUGAUAUUACAUUUGAGUAGGUCUUCUGUAAAACACCGUUUCAAACUUAAACAGUACAAUGAACAUCAUUGGAGUCGUAAACUAGGCUGCAAAUUAUCUUCAUAAACACUAAUAUUCGACAUGUAUAGAGUGACAUAGUGUCGUUUACAAUUAGUGAAAGUAUUUAUUUUCAACUAGGUAGUACAGAUCAUACGCUUUGUAUGUAACAUGUUUAUAAAUAAAUAAAAAAGAUGUAAUUUAUGUAAUGCAUGAGUGCUGCAUGAAGGGUUAAAAAGUCUUUGUUAUUUUUAAUACUACUUUUAUAUAAUUUACAAGCUUGUAACAGUCGGUCUUGGUUUUAUAUUAUAAUGAAACAGAACAACAAGCAAUGAAUAGUUCUGCUGAGAUACAUGGUUUAUUAAGAGAAAUUCAGAGAUUGUAACAGUCAAUGUAUUUACCUGUAUGAAACAAUAUGGUAUUCGCUCAAAGACUAAGUUCUAAGGCGGGAUUCCACCAGUAUGCGGCACAGAGCGGCACAAGCAUAUUCAGUACAAAAAUGCUUGUGUCACACACGGGUGGAAUAUUGCCUUUAGUUUAAAUUUCCGCAUUGAAACAGCUGCUAGGUAUUUUGUUUGUGAGAUUGAACGUUGCUAAUGAGGCUCUGCAAACUUUCUUACCAAACAAAAUGGAGAUUUCUCUACACAUAACACAAUCCCUUCUGCCAAAUAUUCCUACGAGUAUAUUACCCAGUGCAGAUAUGUAUAGAUAGACGGAGAGAGAAGGGAGUCAGUUAUUUAAGAUUAAAAAAAAACAACAUAUUUGUAUGUUUCCUGAUCUCUCCAUUUGUUUAGCUUUAAUCUAAAUUUUAUAAAAACAAAGUAAGAGCUGGCAGCAACAAACUCACGUCAUUCCGCAGCUUCACAAAAAUGUAUACUUGUAUGCAGAUAUGUUAGAUAUAGUAAACUGACGUCUGCGACCGCGUAUUUAAUGAGAUUAUUGCGUUGUGAUAUGAUUAUUUUGUUAUUUGAUUUUUCUGAACUAUCAAAUGCAUCAUCAUUUAUUUCUGUUACCUAUAUCAGUUGAUUGCUGAAAUCAGCAGCUUCUAUACAUAAUUGUUGAUGUCACAAACAUAUUGAAAAUAAAAAGAUGAACGAUGUAUUAUAAAACAUUUUCUAACCUUCUUUACCUAAACACCCCACCCUUUCAGCAGCCACACUGCCUUAAGAUAGUCCAGAAACAUUCAAUCAUUGUAAAAAGAUGUGAAAAUGUUAGUGCCAGCUCUCCCUCUGAUAUAAUCUUGAGGUCGCAAUAUUAUGAUGUCACAAUUGCUGCAGCAAUGUAGACAAUUAGUAUUGAGAGGAGCUGAUGGCCCGCCCACUGUCAACUGGGCAAGCAAGCUCAGAAAUGUAAUGUUUUUGAAUCAGUCAGUAUGUGUGGUAGGAAGUAUGCUAUUUAACUUGUAGAGAUAUUUAAGUGAUAAUAUACUGUUGCCAUUGUGAUGAAAUGUGUAUUGGUUUUUGUAAUAAAACAUUGGAAAUGA